AUGUCGCGCACUUCGCCCUCCCCCUCCAUCACGGUUCCAUUUACUCUUCCCCUCAUUUACCCGCACAACCCACCCCGCAGUUCAGUCGAUUGGAAGAGAAAGCGAGAGGAGAAGGCGACGGCAGAGGCGGAAGAGUCGACGGCAUUCGCGGCCGUCGGUGGGGCUCGCCGGACCGGAGCGUCCUCGCCAGAGUGCCUGCAGGUUGAAGAAUGGCUCGCGGCAAUCAUCAAAAUGACAAUGAUGAUUUCGUGGAUGUACCUCAGCAGAAUCAGGCAACUGGACGUCGAAAAGACGACGAUGAGAAGAAGAAACGUACUCGCAAUAGGGCUUCGCAGGAACACCUGACUUCAUUGACCGAGGGAUUUACCGACUAUCAGAAGGGAUCUGCUGCUGAGAUGGGUAUGCGGG